AGCAAAUACAAUUGAAGGUUUACUGGGCAAGCAGGCUCGCAGCGACCCGACCCUUUUCUCCCCAUGCAGAAUUAGUACGGGGCUUCUGCUUCUCUUGCUUUGACCCCCCUCCUCUGCCAAACCUGUGUGCCUGUUGUCAGGUGCUAGGUUGUAGGGACUCAGGUGGACACCAACACAUCUACUGGCUGAGCAGUGAGCACCUGCGCCGAUUGAUUCUCUCUCCUCUUGGCUGAGGCCGCGUUGACCAGCCUGUGAACGGGCAUUUUGUGCGAGGAUAGCUAGCAACCAUGGACAAGCUAUUAGAUUUUGGCUUCCAGAACAUUGACUUAUGGAGGUCAGAAGAAAUGGAGCUGGUGCGCCUGCUUAUCCCCAGCGAGAGCGCGCAUGACACCGUGGCUGCGCUGGGCGAGGUUGGGCUUCUGCAGUUCAAGGACAUGAACACGGAGAAGAGCGCCUUCCAGCGCACUUACGCCAACCAGGUCAAGCGCUGCGAUGAGAUGGCGCGCAGACUGCGCUUCUUCACGGAGCAGGUUGAGAAGGCCGGGCUGACUCCUACCGUCCACAGCGCGUCGGGGAAGCACGAGCUGGACGACCUGGAGAGCCGGCUGGAGGAGCUGGAGAAGGAGCUAAUUUCCAUGAACGAAAACACGGAGCGCCUGGACCGCACCUACAACGAGCUGGUGGAGCUGCAGGUGGUGCUGGAACACGCGGGCAAGUUCUUUGACAAGGCUAAGGCCAGCGUGCGUGCGGACCGGGACUAUGCGGGCGUGCAGGAGCCGGACGCCCCGCUGCUUGAGGUGCCGGGCCAGGACAAGGUGUCACGCAUUGGCUUUGUGGCCGGCACCAUUCCUGCGGACAAGGUCAUGGGAUUCGAGCGCCUGCUGUUCCGCGCAACGCGCGGCAACAUGUUCCUGCGGCAGGGGUCGGUGGGCGAGGUGAAGGACCCGAUUACCAACGAGACCGUGAGCAAGCACGUGUUUGUGAUCUUCUUCGCCGGCGACCGCUCGCGCACCAAGAUUAUGAAGAUCUGCGAGGCCUUCGGCGCCAACCGCUACCCCUUCCCGGACGACCCGGCGCGCCAGCGCCAGAUGGACAGCGAGGUGACAGCGCGCAUUCGCGAGCUGCAGACCACCGUGGACAUGGGCCUGAAGCACCGCAAGGCGCUGCUGCAGAACCUGGCUGCUAACCUGGACGAGUGGACCAGCCUGGUGCGCCGCGAGAAGGCUAUCUACCACACGCUCAACAAGAUGAACGUUGACGUGACCUCUAAGGUCCUGGUGGCGGAGGCGUGGGUGCCCACCAUCGCCAAAUCGGACGUGCAGCGCGCGCUGCGGGAGAGCGCGGAGAACAGCAGCACGCAGCUCAACGUUAUCAUGCAGCCGGUGGUGGCGCACGGCCAGCCGCCCACUUAUUUCCGCACCAACAAGUUCACGGCGGCGUUCCAGAACAUUGUGGACUCGUACGGUGUGGCCAAGUACCGGGAGGUGAACCCCACGGUGCUGACGCUCAUGACCUUCCCGUUCCUGUUCUCGGUCAUGUUCGGCGACUUCGGCCACGCAAUUCUCAUGAUUGCCUUCGCGGCGCUGCUGGUCUGGAAGGAGAAGCAGCUGGCUAAGCAGGACCUGGGCGACAUGCUGCAGCUGCUGUUUGGCGGUCGCUACGUCAUCCUGCUCAUGGGCAUCUUCUCUUUCUACCUUGGCCUGAUCUACAACGAGUUCUUCUCCAUGCCCACCGUCAUCUUCGGCCGCACCAAGUUCAAGUGCUACCACGGCGACGGCUCGGAGAUUGUCAACGACUUCGGCGAGCCAAUCACCAACACCAUUGACCCGCGUGACUGCCAGAUGGUCUACGAGGGCGUUCUCAAGAUGCCCCCGGACAGCGCACCGCUGGUGUUCGGUGUGGACCCCAUCUGGCACGGCCGCAAGACUGAGCUGCCCUAUUUGAACAGUAUGAAGAUGAAGAUGUCGAUUCUGCUGGGUGUGGCGCACAUGAACUUCGGUAUCAUCAACUCGCUCUACAACAACCUGUACUUCAGGGACUGGUUGUCCGUCUGGUGCGAGUUCGUGCCGCAGAUGAUUUUCCUGAACUUCAUCUUCGGCUACCUGUGCAUUCUGAUCGUGAUCAAGUGGUGCACCGGCAAGCUCACCGACCUGUACCACGUUAUGAUCUACAUGUUCCUGUCGCCCGGCGGCGGCUUCGACGACCCCAGCCAAAUUCUGAUUCCCGGCCAGCCGGGCCUGCAGGUCUUCCUGCUGCUGGUUGCCUUCGUGGCGGUGCCCUGGAUGCUGCUGCCCAAGCCGCUCAUCCUGAAGAAGCGGCACGAGGCCCUGGAGGCCGCCAAGGGCCAGAGCAGCGUGGAGCUGACCCAGAACUACGGCGCCCUGGCGGACGACGAGGAGAGCCGCCACCGCCCCGCCGCGGCCGCUGCGCACGGCGACGGCCACGGAGGUGGCCACGGCGGCGGCCACGGUGACGGCCACGGCCACGGCGGCGAGUUCAACUUCGGCGAGGUCAUGGUGCACCAGAUGAUUCACACCAUCGAGUUCGCGCUGGGCGCCGUGUCCAACACCGCCUCGUACCUGCGUCUCUGGGCGCUGUCGCUGGCGCACUCGCAGCUGGCUGGUGUGUUCUAUGACCGCGUGCUGAUGGCGGGCAUUGCCGCCAACAAUGUGGGCGCCAUGAUCAUCGCCUUCUUCGUGUUUGCGUGCGCCACGCUGGGCGUGCUGAUGGUCAUGGAGUCGCUGUCGGCCUUCCUGCACGCCCUGCGUCUGCACUGGGUGGAGUACCAGAACAAGUUCUACAAGGGUGACGGCUACAAGUUCAUGCCCUUCAGCUUCGCGACCCUGAAGCAGCUGGAGGACGCUGGCCAGCUCUAAGUAAUAGGAGCAGCCGAGUGCACCUGCCAAGCACUGAUGUGUGGGAGAAGUGGAGAGGGCCACGCCGUUAGGUGCGCCCGACCUCAGGACACAGCGGGAAAGGAAGAGAGAGUGCCGAAGCCGUGGCUGGUGUCACGAGCGCCAGGUAUGCCGAAACGGCAAUUAUUUUGUGUGAAAGGGAAUGAGCUGUGGGAGGGGCCCCAACCUAUAGGGAAUGAGCUGUGGGAGGGGCCCCAUAGCUAUGGGAGGGGCCCCAACCUUUGCCGAAAGGUGUGCUGAGUGACGCGCGCGAUUUGGAGGGGAGUGCAUGAGCGUGUGACUGAGUGAUCUUUCUCUUUCGAACUAAGCGUGCAAGCGAUCUACCGUAUGCUGUUUCCCGAUUCUGCAUGGCUGUAAAAGCUUUUGCAAGGGUAAAGGCUUCCACUCCGAUGCUUCCGCCGCUGGUGAGAAGCGCCCGAACCGUUUCCUCUCCCACGGCAUCAAGGCCCAAAAUGUUUAAGUUUCAGCGUUUGGUCACUCGAGAAA